AAAUAAAGUAACCCAAAAAGAAAGCAAGUGAACUUUAUCUUCUGUUGGCGGAAGUGAGGAUGGCGGCGAACUCUGCAUCCGAUCUUCCCGUAGCAGUCAGAAGAGAUCCUAGAAAGAAAUCCGGACCCAUCACGUUAUCUGCCGCAUACUUGCAAAGAGAGCCCCCGGCUACCGCACGACUGCUCAAAUCAGUCAACAAGGAGAUCAACGCUGGAUUGAACCCAUCAACAUCCGAUGGGCUGUUAGCAUUAGAAAUUGUAGCGAAAGGACUGCCUUACAUGGAUCCAUAGAGUUGUUGAUCUGAGUAGCGUAGCGUACAGAAUUCUGACCAU